AUGCAAAGAAUCUCCGAAAAUCUGGAGUCCACACCUCAUGAUGCCUCUGCCUCUGCCUCUGUACCUGCAGAUAUCGAAAUCGUUAUCGGUGCCUCUGCCCCUGCACCUGCAGAAGACUUAGUAGCCGGCACUAAUGUUCAAGAUGGUGACUCAGAAGCUCAUCAUCGCUGGAACUCGUGUUGGUGCACGUCCUUGAUGUCACGGAGGAGCAAACCAAAUGUUGAAGCAGUUGAAGGGUUGUCAUCUCUGCUGAAGAGUGACCUUGGAAAGGGCAUAGAACGGCGCGAUGAUGAGAUGCUGCAACGUAGGAAGGCUUUUGGGUCAAACACAUACCCUUCCAAAAAGGGAAAGACUUUUUGGAGCUUUGUCUGGAAAGCUUGUCAGUUUCCUCUUUCCUUGGUUAUGAUCAUUGCUGUUGUAAUCAAUUCACUCCUCCUGCGAAUAAAAAGAAAGGCUAUCCACGAUGGAUUGUAUGUCGAAACUUGUGCCAUUUCGGCCACUGUCCUUGACAUCUUUUUGAGAGCUUUCACCGAGUACAAGCAGUCUCGUCAGUCUAAAAAGGCUAGUGAGGAGAAGAGAAACGUACCUCAAGACGUUAUUAGAAGUGGCAGAAGACUCUCGGUUUCUUCCUAUGAUAUUGUCGUCGGCGAUAUUGUACCCCUCAAGAAUGGUUGUCAGGUACCUGCAGAUGGUGUCCUGUUUGUUGCAAACUCGUUGAGGAUUGACGAGCAAGAAAUAACUGGCUCACACUUGAUUGUUCAAAAAGAUAUUCUAAAAGAUCCAUUUCUGUUAUCUGGUUCAAAAGUGAUAGAGGGCAUAGGUACAAUGCUGGUUACAAGUGUUGGAAUGAACACUGAAUGGGGGAAAAAGAUUGAGACACAACCUGAGAUUGAUGAAGAAAAACCCUUUCAGUUAUACGUUAAACGGCUUGCAAUUUCUGCUAGUUGGUUAGUCAUUUCGCUAGCUUCUGUUGCCUGUAUUGUUCAGUUAAGCCGAUACUUCAAUGGCCGGACCAAAAAAUCAGAUGGAACUCCAAUGUAUAUCACCGGAAGUACCACUUUCGAUGAAGCAAUGGAAUUUGUGAUAAAAUCCCUUAGUUUUGGGAUGGGAACAAUAAUAGUGGCAAUGCCUGUUGGACUUUUUAUAGCAGUUCUCUUGAACCUUGCAAAUACAACGAGAAAAAUGAUGACAGACAACGCUUUGAUGUCCGUGGUUGAUGUAUGGGCUGGAGGAAUAAGAAUGCAAGAUAUGGAUGGUGUUUCACAAUUUCCCUCGAUUCCUACAGAACUAAUAAUAGAAGGCAUUGCCCAAAACACAAAUGGCAGUGUUGUUUUUGAAACGGGAGUCACUGAACCUGAGGUGUAUGGAUCACCAACAGAACAAGCCAUUCUUAGCUGGGGGAACAAGUUGGGAAUGAAGUUUGAUGAGGCUAGGUCAGGAUCACCAGUCCUUCAUGUUAUACCUUUCAAUCCAAAAAGGAAAUAUGGAGGCGUUGCAUUAGAGGUUGGUACAGGACACCACGUCCAUUGGAAAGGAUAUGCAAAGGUUAUUCUUAAUUCAAGCCAAUGGUAUAUGGAUGGGGCCAACAACCGCAUAGCUAUUGGUGAACAGAGACGGGAGAUGGAAGGAAUAAUUGGAGACAUGUGUAUGAGAGGAAUGCGUUGUGCUGCAAUUGCUUAUCAAUCCUAUGAGCUGGGAAGUCUUCCAACGACCGAGGAAGAGCUUUCUACACUACCUCAAGACCUUGUUUUGUUAGCUAUUAUUGGUAUAAAGGAUCCUUGCCGGGAAGGCACAAGAGAUGCGGUCGACUUGUGCAGACACGGAGGUAUCAAGGUUUGCAUGGUAACGGAGGAUGACGUCUUGACGGCACAAGCAAUGGCAAUGGAAUGUGGGAUACUGAGGGAUAUGUCUGGCCAAAAUGUAAGGACAGCAGCUCAGUUUUGUGAUCUAACUGAUCAAGAAAGAGAGCAGAUCUCCGGAGACAUCUUAGUUUUGGCUCAAGCCUCUCCUGAGGACAGUCUUCUGCUUGUCAAAGCACUGAAGAGAAAAGGGCAUGUAGUUGCAGCCACUGGGAUGGGAAUACAUGAUUCAAAGACACUACGCACGGCGGAUGUUAGCCUUGCAAUGGGAAUCGGAGGGACUGCAGCAGCAAAAGAGAAUGCCAAUAUUAUUAUACUGGAUGACAGUUUUGCUACUAUUGUCAAGGUUAUCCAAUGGUGUCGCUAUAUAUACACCAAUAUCCAGAGAUAUGUUCUAUUCCGGCUCACUGUGAGUGUAUCAGCCGUGGCCAUCUGUGUGAUCGAGGUUGUAUUUCAUGAUGCAUUUCCACUUAAUGUGGCGCAGCUUUUGUUGGUUAAUCUUACUGUUGACAUCGUUGGUGCACUAUCGUUGGCUUACAGACCGCCAGCUCGCAAGCUAAUGGGAAAGCCACCAGUGGGUAUAAGUGACCAUCUUCUAACCAAGACGAUGUGGACCAAGAUGGUGAUGCAGGUGAUUUACGUAGUGUUGUUGCUGGCCUUCAUACAUUCUGAUAGUCUAUUGAAGCUGGAUCAUGGUCAAACUGGUGAUUCUGAAAAAGUGAAGAACACAUUUAUAUUUAAUUCUUUGGUCUUCUGCCUGGUUUUCAACGAGUUUGAAAUCCGAAAUGGAAACCAACCCUUGAAAGAAAUCCUCAGAGACAAUAUGUUUGUCAUUAUUAUAACGUCAACCAUUAUUUUGCAGUUAAUCUUUAUAGAGUUCCUUGGAAUAUUCAUUUCUGCGCUUAGGCUUGACUUGAAAAAAUGGCUCAUCUCCGUCGUUUUGGGAUUUCUCAGCCAGGUAGCAACUCGCUUCCCUUUGGAAGCUCACCCUCCUAAGCCUUUGUUUCUUGACCCACAAGAAAACUUGAGGAGGCCAGAAACAAAGGAGAGGAGACUUGUCUCAAUCGUUCUCAGUGAAGACCUUGAAGAUAAUCACGGAAACGUCUUGAGUACAGCCUCGGAUCAGAGGCUAAGAUUGAAGUAG